GUUUGUGUCAAUUGCACAAAAUCAGAUUGACUAUAGGUGAGGGACUGGACCAGCAAGGGAGUAGCAGAUAUAAUUUACUUUAAUCAUAAAUUACGAAGAGUACACUGUGUUGGGAAAGCAGAAACCUCAUCCACACCAAAGAUGCGCCCGGUGGAAUUUGACAUCGGCAUCAUCAUCAGCUUAGUCAGUAGGCAGCCACAACUAAUUUUCGUUUCAUGUGGAGCUUCUUUGGAGAUUAGGUGCUUGAAUUGAAAUGACCAGUCUUCAGCCGUCUAAUCUAUCCAAGGCGUGGGAGAAGUACAUCCACUCCAGGAUACAUGGAGCUGAUAAGCAGGUGAGUCUUGAGUGCUUGGAGAGGUUCCUCUGCCUGUUUCACUGCUCCAGACAAUCUGAGAAUCUGAAUGCCAGGGAUGCUGUGAAAUUCUGCUCAGACAUGAGCAGUGCCAGUAACACCUUGGCCCGGGAGUUCCUGACAGAUGUGCACCAACUGUGCAACGCGGUGGCCCAGAGGGCAGAGGAGGAUGAGGAGAGUCACAUGGUGGCUCUGGGAGAGUACCUGGUGCAGGGGCGGGGGUUCCUGCUUCUCCGCACCUUGGAUUCCAUCAUUGAUCAGGAGCUGACCUGCAGGGAAGAGCUGCUCACUUUGCUGCUGUCACUUCUCCCUCUGGUUUGGAAGAUCCCAGUGCAAGAAGACAAAGCUCCAGAUUUCAGUCUAUCUUCACUAGUGGAUGUCUUCUUUGCCAAAGACAGCAAGUUCCCAGUCUUGAAAGCAGCUCAGGAUAAGGCAGUCUCAGAGGGCCAAGUCGCAUCGAAACGGACCUCGGGCAGCUGGAGAGCACGUCGCCAGCAUAGGAGCGCCCAGAGGUAUUCUGUGAGAGAUGCGCGAAAAUCGCAGCUCUCAACUUCAGACUCGGAUGCCAACUCUGAUGACAGAACGCCCAGGACGAGCAAGCAUCGGAGGUCGCACGGCUUGCCCCUGCUUGUGAGCCGCCAAUACCAACCGUCCACCAAAGGUCCUCCGCUGACGCCACCACCAACAGAAGCCAUGAGUGCCUUUGAAAAAACUGAGCAGCAGCACUAUUUGAGUCAGGUGCUUGACCCUGAGAUGCUGACAGACCCGGCAGCCCUAUCCAUCCUCAACCGGAUGGAGAACUCUCCCUUUGAUCUGUGUCAUGUGCUGCUGUCCCUACUAGCAAAAGUCUGCAAGUUUGACAUGACCCUGAACCAUAACCCUGCCCUGGCCGUCAGUGUGGUUCCCACCUUAACUGAGUUCCUCAUGGAGUUUGGGGACUGCUGCGGACCAGGUGGUGAAGGAGGGAAAGGAGGUGGUGGGAGUGAGGAUCUAGCCAGUGGCUGGACUGAGGAGCCAAUAGCCCUGAUCCAGCGAAUGCUCCUUCGCACUAUCCUCCACCUGAUGUCUGUGGAUGUGGGCAGGAGGGAGGCCUUGUCUGAAAACCUACGAAGGAAUUUAACCGACCUCCUGCGGGCCACCUUGAAGAUCCGCAGCUGCCUAGAGAAGCAGCCUGACCCCUUUGCCCCCCGGCCCAAGAAAACCCUACAGGAGAUCCAGGAUGACUUUUCAUUCUCCAAGUAUCGCCACCGGGCACUCUUGCUGCCUGAGCUACUGGAAGGAGUUUUGAAGGUAUUGCUGUGCUGCCUACAGUCAGCCUCCCCGAACCCUUUCUUCUUCAGCCAGACAGUGGAGCUGAUCCACGAGUUCGUCCAGCACGGGGGUUUGGAGCUUUUUGAAGCCACUGUGAUGCAGAUGGAAUGGCUGUCAUCUCGAGACCCAGAUUUUUCUGGGGAAGCCUCAGAACGAGCCAGGGGCCUGAUCAGCGGGGUGGUGAACAUUGUUAGCACAAUCAAGAAGGCAAAGUCAGAGCAGCUGCACCAGUCGGUGUGUGCUCGUCACCGCCGCCACCGGCGCUGUGAGUAUUCCCACUUCCUACACCACCAUCAUGACUUCACUGGGUUACCCGUUUCGGCCUUCAAACAGCCAGCUGUCAGCAACCCCUUUGAGGAGGAGGCCCCUGGUGGGGAGGUACGCUACCCUAAGCACUGCUGCUGCCUGGCUGCAUAUGCCCAUCAGUGCCUGCGCCUCCUCCAGCGUGUCUCCUCCUCGGGGGCCGUCUGCCUCCAGAUCCUGGCCAGUGUGCAGGCAGUGGGAAUCUGCUGCUGUAUGGAUCCCCGCUCUGUGGUGGCUCCUUUGCUCCACGUCUUCCGCUCCCCAGCCUUGAGAAGCUACCAGCCCCAUAUUUUGAGCAUCCUGGGCCGCCUAAUCCUAGAGCAGCUUGGAGGGGGGCAGCCCUCCCAGAAGGCCAAGCUAGCCUCCUGCAAUGUUUGCACGAUGGAUAGCAGCCAGCUGCCCAGUCUAGAGGAAACACUGCGUGGGACCAGCGGCAGCGGUGGGGGGAAGGAAUCUGGCCAUGGCUUCUCAAGCCCUUCCUAUUGCUCUCAGGAGAAUUUACCCAAUGGAGGGAUAGAGGACAUGCUCUGGAAGUGGAACGCCCUGGAGGCCUACCAGGACUUGGUCUUUAGCGAUGACCGGCAGCUGAGCCUGCAGAUUGCAGGUCAUGUUUGUCACCUGACCCAGCGAGGCAAUGCCGUGGUGCAGUGGCAGCUGUACGCCCACAUCUUCAACCCAGUCCUCCAGAGAGGAGUGGAGCUGUCCCACCAUGCCCAACAACUGGGGGUCACAACCAGCUGUGCCCAGGUUUGCAGCUACCACAGCAAGUGCUUGCCUCUAGAUGUCCUACAGGUCUAUCUCCAGACGCUGCCUUUGCUUUUAAAAUCCAGGGUGAUAAGAGAUCUAUUUCUAAGCUGUAAUGGAAUGAACCAAGUGAUAGAGCUGCUAUACUUGGACCCUGUUCGUUCAUCAGCACUGAAAGUAUUUGAAACAUUGAUCCUGUGCGUGGACAUCCAGCAGACUGACAUCAUAUUGCAAGAGCUGGAGACCAUCGAAGCGGAGGAGAGGGAGGCCGCACUUGACCUGGGUGACUCCCCUAGCAACCAGCCAAACAGGGGGGUCAAUGAGGGUCCUCAGAGCCUGAGCAGGUUCUACGCAGGUCUGAAGGAAGCCUGCCCCCAGAAGAAGAGCCGAGGGGCUCGGAGCGGCAGUGAGUAUCACCUUAAUGCCAUCAACCUCUUCCUCUGCGUGGUAUUCUUGUGUGUCACCAAAGAGACAGACUCUGAUCUGGAUUCUGCAAAUGACUCGGAGGACACGUCAGGCUAUGACAGCACAGCUAGCGAGCCCCUGGGCGGCCGUCUGCCCUGCCUGUCCCCGGACAGCGUUGCCCUUCCCUCAAAGGAGCAGAUCCGCCGGGCAGCCGACGUGUGGUCUGUGUGCCGCUGGAUCUACUUGUCCAGCCCUGUGUUCCAAAAGCAGUUCUACAAAUUGGGCGGCCUGGAUGUAUGCAACCGGCUAAUGACCAUGGUCAUCCAGAAGUUGUCUUCCAAAAACAAAGAUGGUAAGGCUAAGAAGAAGCAGCCAAGCGGAGACAGAAACAAAGUCACUGGUGCCGCGCCCAGCACUGGUAUUGCGAGUACAUCGCCUCCCUGCCAAGAAGACGACAGGCAGGCUACAGAUGAUUUCAGCAACAAGGGGAAUAGUCCUCAAACAGAGGCGGAGGCCAGGGGAAGUGACACGGCUAAAAAUCUUGAAGACGAGUGGCCACUGCAGAGCAUAAGACUUCUGGAAGCUCUCUUAGCAAUCUGCCUCCACAGUGCCAGUUCAGGACUACAGAAAGUGGAACCGGAGCUCUCUUUUCAGUACCUGUCGGUGGAGGAGACUCUGUCUGAAAUGCGUGACCAGCUCUCCCAAUCUGGGGUUAUCUCUUCUGACCAAGCCAUACCGCUCUUCAACUCCCUGCUCAGAGUCGCCCUAGCAGAAAUCUCAGCAGACCCGGACACGCCUGAGGAGAAAACGGAGAGGCAGAAGGACCAAGGGGAAAAAGAGUUUCCAUCUCAGUCAGGGGAUCUAUCUGAAGAGACAGAGGAGCCCCAGUGCUACAGCAUCAAGCUGUUACCGGAGGAGGAGGGAUACGAGGCAGACAGUGAGAGCAAUCCUGAGGACGCAGCAGCUAAGGGGGAAGGAGUUAGGCCGGACGCUCCUCCGGCUGUGGAGAGCGAGUUCCUGAGCUUGCCAGAGAGCUCUGGUCAGGGAGAGUUGAUGUACCCAGAGAUCUGCAUGAUGGAGCUGCUCCUGCUGUCAGCAAGCACCCCACAUCUGGAAGUGCUCACCCACGUCUUCCACAGCCUGCUGGAGGUUGUUAGGCACAGUGACCGCAACGCCAUGCUCAUCUAUCAACAGGGUGCAGUGAAAACUAUCCUGGGAGGAUUCCAGAACAUUUUGAGUCAGUUAGACCCAUCUUUAGAGGAGGUCCAGGGUGUGCUGGUGGAGCUGCUGGUUGCGUUGGUCAGCUCACAGAUCUCUUCAGAGGAACUGUCUCUUCUUAUUAGGAUAUUUCUAGAGAAGACACCUCCUACUGAAAUCCUUCUGAAUGGAGUCCUGCACAUCGUGGAAGCAAAUAUGCACAUGGCCCCCCUGCAGUACCUCACCUUUCCACUGGUUACAAACUCAUGCUGUGCCACAAGCACCUCCCCAACGCCGAAGCAAAGCAGCACUGUGGGGUGCAAGGCACCCGGGCUUUUGAGGAGAGGAAAGGUGGUUCCUGGCAGGAAGGAAGCAGAGAGCGAGUCGCUAAAUCACCAGCUCUCCUCCUCUUGGCAUGUGGCUCCGUUCCACCUGCCCCUCGUUGGGCAGAACUGCUGGCCACACAUGUCUGAGGGCUUCAGUGUUUCCUUGUGGGUGAAAGUGGAGAACCCUCCAGAGGCAGAGGGCUCAGCAGAGAAAAUGAUGACGCAGAAGAGGAGCAAGCUGGUUGCUUUCCAGGACAGCAGUUUUGACAGCAUAGAUGGAGAUAAACCAGCAGGUAUUGACCAUCAUAACCCACCAAGUUCCAGAGACAAGCUCGUUGAAGAUGGCUGUCUCCAUAUAAUUUCCUUAGGAUCCAAAGCGCUCAUACUGCAGGUCUGGGCUGAUCUGAACACUGGGGCUUUCAUUUUCAGAAUUUGCAUUGACCCAAAUGAUGAGAUGAAGGCAGGCCUGCUGGCUCAGGCGGAGUCACAGGAGAACAUCCUCACCCCAGGCAAAUGGCAGCAUUUAGCCCUGACCUACAUACAGCAACCAGAGGGUAAGAAGAAUAUCCACGGGAAACUGACGCUUUGGGUCUCCGGUGAAAGGAAAUCGGAGGUUGCUUUGGACUACACUCUUCCGAGGAAGUCAAGCCUAUCUUCUGACAGCAACAAAACCUUCUGCAUGGUGGGCCACUGUGUCCCUACUCAGGAGGAAAUCCCGAGACUGGCUGGCAGAUGGGAUAUCGGAAAUCUGCUUCUCUUUAACGGCUGUAUGAUCGGUCCUGAAGAGGCUUUUUAUCUCUAUGCCAGUGGUCCUGAUUUCACCUCGAUUAUGCCCUGCAAGUCAGGGAAGCCAAAUCUGAAAUACUCCAAGUACAUCAGUCUAGAGGGCCUGCAGUGUAAACAACUGAAAGAGCUACUUAUGAAGAACAAGCAGGUUGACACAGGGUCCCUCAUUGAAAGUCUGGCUAUUGUUUAUACCCCAAGCUGCCCCAGCCAGUAUACAAUCUACGAGCCCGUGAUCCGACUGAAAGGACAGACUAAGAUGAUGGCAUUGCAGCGGCCCUUCAGUGCUAAAAAGAUCCAGAGCACCGUGCUGGACCCGGUCUACUUGAAAGCACUGCAGCCGGUCCAGCACCAGGGCCUGCAGAGCGUCCUGCAUGAGAUCGGGGGCACAGGAGCCUUCAUCUUCCUCUUUGGCAGGGCAGUGGAGCUGAGUGACUGUGAGAAGACCCAGGCCUUGGCCCUCCAGGUUGUGUUGUCCUUGGCUAAAUACAACCAUCACCGGGUUCAAGAAAUGGAAAGCUGUAAUGGCUACUCCAUGAUCCAUCAGGUUCUCAUCAAAUCCAAGUGCGUUGUAGGAUUCCACAUAUUGAAGACCUUGCUGGACGGCUGCUGCAGUGGCCAGAUCCUGGGUCUGAGUGAAGACGGCCAGUUCAAGCUGGACCCUGAAUCCAACGCUGUCAUCCAGGAUGUGAAGCUCUUAUCAGAAGUGCUGUUAGACUGGAAGAUCUGGGCUAAAGCACAGUGUGGCGUUUGGGAAACCUUGCUGGCAGCCCUGGAGAUCAUGAUCAGGGUUAACCACCCCCAGCAGAUGUUCAACGUUAAGCAGUUUCUCAAGGCUCAGGUGGUCCAACGCUUCCUCAUCACCUGUCAAGUGCUACAGGAGCACCGUGACGAGCACUUGACGUCCAUCCCUCGAGAUGUAUGUCAUUCGUUUGUCAAGAUCUUUCAAGAGGUCCUUGGGUCUCCGCCUGAUCUGGAACUGCUCAGACUCAUCUACCACUUCCUGCUGGCAGUGCACCCGCCCACUAACACCUACGUCUGCCACACGCCCACCAGCUUCUACUUCUCCCUGCAUAUUGAUGGCAAACUGUAUCAGGAAAAAGUGCAGUCAAUCAUGUACCUGAGACACUCAAGCAGUGGGGGGAAGUCAGGCAGCAGCCCUGGCUUGUCAAUGUCCCCAUUCGGCUUCACAGAAGCUCCUUCAGAAGAAGGAAACAUGGUGUUUAGCAGCCCAGAGCUGGAGUGCAGCCCUUCUGUGGCAUUCAGGCAACAGCAGCACCCCGAAAGCUUUACAGAGUCUCCCAGCUCUUCACCCCAAUCACCUACUCACCAGCAGGACAGGAGCUUGGAUGAGCUGCACGAGAUCAACCAAAACAGGUCUGACUCCACCCUGGGUGAUGGAAGCAUUGUGCAGGGGAGCACGGAGACCCUCAAGUGGACCAAGGAGAACCUGCUCAUCAGCAGCUGUGAGUCCGCCCAAACUGUCUGUGACUCCAAGGAGUUCUCCCCAUGCCAAAACAGUGCCCUGGUUAAUUCUCUUGAGGCAGGCAGCAGCCCAAGCCAAGGAGAUGAGAAGACAGCAGGCGGGAGUGGAGAGUCAGAGGACAGGUUUGACUCUCCAGGAGAUGAUGGUGUCAGGCGUCCGGACAGCCUCAAAGGAGUCCACUCCGUCCAGAGGAGUCAGAGUAACUUCGCCAGCCUGGGCCUGGCAUUCCCACCACAGAACGGCUCUUUGGCCAUUGCACGCUGGCCCUGCCUCUCUGACCGGGCCGUGCUGCCUGAAGACUGGGAGAGCUACUCAUACUCACACGCCUAUGACCGCACCUACAGUAAACCAGACUCCACCAACGACAGAUCCCCCACUGAAGACUGCCUGGUGCUGGUUUGCUGUGGUCUGUAUGAUCUGCUGCGAGGUGUGCUUCUCACCCUGCCAGACCUGAUGCUAGAAGAUGUGAUGGACAAGCUAAUUCAGCCUGAAUCAUUGAUUGUCCUUGUCAACCACCCAUCCCCCCUGAUACAACAGGGGGUUAUGAAGUUGCUGGAUGCCUAUUUUAACCGGGCCUUCAAAGAGCAAAAGGAGAAGUUUCUCAAGAACCAUGGCUUUUCUCUUCUGGCCAAUCAGCUCUAUCUUCACCAGGGGAACCAGGGCCUGUUGGAAUGCUUCCUGGAGAUGGUGUUUGGCAGGCCGGUGGGGCUGGAUGAAGACCUCGACCUGGAAGACAUGGAGAAGAUUGACCCCUUCCGGAAAAGGUGCAUUAUUCCCAUAUUGGGGCUGAUCGAGAACUCUCUGUAUGAGAACACGCUGAUCCACAAUACACUCUGCAUCCUGCUGCAGCUCCUCAAUGCCUGUCCCAAAGUGGCUGAUAUCUUGCUUGACAACGGCCUGCUCUAUGUGAUUUUUAACACCUUAGCAGCGCUCAAUGGGCUUGAGAAUGGGAUCCUGCUGAAUGACUACAAGCUCCUGGUGUGUGACAUUCAGCAGCUGUUGGUGGCUGUCACCAUUCACUCCUGCAGCUCCUCAGGUUCCCAGUAUUUCCGCAUCAUUGAGGACCUCAUCACCCUGCUGGGGUAUCUGCAGAUUAGCAAGAACCAGCGCACACAAGAAAUGGCAGUUACAUUGCAAUUCCGGGUUCUUCAGUCAGCCAUCGAGUUCAUCAAAACUACAGCCAAUCAGGAUCCUCAGAAAUUGACUAGCUCUGUCCACUUGCCCGCUCCCCAGCACCAUGCAAUCUACCAGAAGAGGAAGAGUAUUGCUGGUUCAAUUGCCAUGAAAGAUUCCAUUAUUCCACGUCUUCCGAGACAGCAUUUCUGUUCCUACGGCCAGAUUCCGAUGCCCCCAUCCUUCAGCCUGUUAAACCAGGAGUCUCCACUUCCAUCCCCCACAGGAUCCUCUGCAUAUGUCUUUCCAACAGAAGCAGGUCCCCGGAGGUUCUCCUUGGCCCAGUCGGACACAUUGCUGAUGAAGAUGAGGUCGGUGGCGAGCGACGAGCUGACAGUGAUGAUGCAGAGGCGGAUGAGCCAGGAGAACCCCAUCCGAGCCAGCGAGCCGGAGUAUGUGCAGCGGCUGCAGAGACUGACCGUCCUCUCUGUCAACCGGCUCAUCUAUCAGGAUGUCAGUCAAGACUUCUUUGAUUUGCUGAAUAUCCCAGAGUCUUCCAUUCACCAGAGACCUUCAGCACAACAGUUUGAGCAACCUGAAGAGAAUGGGAAUCCACAGCCCACAGGCAACAAGACCACUUUCCAGAAGGAAAUCUUGAAACUAAUGAUGGAGGGGAUCAAAAUCGGACUUGGCAGCUCAGGCAGAGGUGGAACCCCAAGGCAGCAGUGGAAGCGGAUUCUCUGGUCUUGCAAAGACACGUUCCGCGUGCAGAUCGGGCGGCUCCUGGUUCACAUCCUGUGCCCGGCUCGCCCCCUAGAAGACAGAAAGCAGGCCUUGGAAAUAGUCUAUGAGCCAAGCCAUUCUGAGAUCCUUCGUGAAUGUCUGAGCCCUAGCCUGGAGCAUGGACAAAAGUUGGCCUUGUACCUCUAUGAGCUGCUCCAUGAUCAUAAAGACUGCCUGUCCAAGGAGGAGCAGGCAGCAGUGGGCAUGUUCAUGACAUCACUGAAGCUAUGUGGGCACCGGUGCAUCCCACCCAGUGCACCUCCCAAACCCGACCUCAUAAAAGCAAUCAAACAGGAGCAGAUGAAGUAUGAAUUGGAAGAAAGCACAAACAAAACAGCCUGGGAAAAGAAAAUGGGAAACACUCAACAAAGUCUCAUUCAAAGGCUAGAUGGCAAGUCUAAGGAUAUUUCAAAGAUUGCAGCAGACAUCACCCAGAAUGUGUCGCUGCGACAGGGCAUGGAGAGGAAGAAGGUCAUCCAGCACAUCAGAGGAAUGUACAAAAUAGACCUGAGCGCCAGCAGGCACUGGCAAGAGCUAGUCCAGCAAUUAACACACGACCGAGCUGUGUGGUACGACCCAGCCUCCUACCCAACAUCCUGGCAACUAGACCCCACGGAGGGGCCCAACAGAGAAAGACGGCGUCUGCAGCGAUGCUACCUGACCAUCCCCAACAAAUACCUGCUGAGGGACAGGCAGAAACCAGAGGAACCAGUCAAGCCACCAUUGUCCUAUCUUUUUGAAGACAAAACUCAUUCUUCUUUUUCAUCCACUGUCAAAGACAAAGCAACAAGUGAGCCUAUCAGGUUCACUCGCAGAUGCAUAAGUGUUGCGCCUUCGAGAGAGAUCACUGGUGAAUUAUUAUUAGGAAAAUCUGGGAUGUACUUUGUCGAAGAUAAUGCAGCGGAUACCUACGACAGUCAAAAGCUUCACCCCCCCCAGAGUCCUCAAGGUGAAACAGAGCCAGCAUCCUUCUCCUGGACUUAUGAAGAAAUCAAAGAGGUACACAAGCGAUGGUGGCAGCUCCGGGACAACGCUGUGGAGAUCUUCUUAACCAAUGGGAGGACACUGCUCUUGGCUUUCGACAACACCAAGGUCCGUGAUGACGUUUACCACAACAUCCUGACAUCCAACUUGCCCAAUCUUCUGGAAUAUGGAAAUAUUACGGCUCUGACCCACUUGUGGUGCUCGGGGCAGAUCACAAACUUUGAGUAUUUGACCCACCUUAACAAACAUGCGGGUCGCUCCUUCAACGAUCUCAUGCAGUAUCCCGUGUUUCCCUUCAUUCUCAGCGACUACACCAGUGAAACGCUGGAUCUCAGCGAAACCACUAUCUACAGAAAUCUUGUGAAACCCAUAGCUGUGCAAUCUAAAGAGAAGGAAGACCGUUAUGUGGAUAACUACAAGUACCUGGAAGAGGAGUUCCGGAAGGGGUCUCGAGACGAUGACCCCAUGCCCCCUGUGCAGCCAUAUCACUACGGGUCCCAUUACUCCAACAGUGGCACCGUCCUGCACUUUCUGGUCAGGAUGCCUCCCUUCACAAAGAUGUUUUUGUCUUACCAAGACCAAAGCUUUGAUAUCCCAGAUCGGACUUUCCACUCAAUGAACACCACGUGGCGGCUUUCAUCAUACGAAUCCAUGACUGAUGUAAAGGAGCUGAUCCCUGAAUUUUUCUACCUGCCAGAAUUUUUAGUGAACAGAGAAGGCUUUGAUUUUGGAGUGAGACAGAACAGCGAGCGGGUGAACCACGUCAACCUCCCGCCCUGGGCACGCAAUGACCCACGUCUCUUCAUCCUGAUCCACCGGCAGGCGCUGGAGUCGGACCAGGUGUCCCAGACCCUCUGCCAGUGGAUCGACCUGGUCUUCGGACAAAAGCAGAAGGGCAAGGCAGCAGUGCACGCAAUCAAUGUCUUCCACCCAGCGACGUACUUUGGGAUGGAUGUGUCUGCGGUGGAGGACCCAGUGCAGCGCAGAGCCCUGGAGACCAUGAUAAAGACGUACGGACAGACUCCUCGGCAGCUCUUCAAUGCUGGGCACAUGAGCCGGCCCGCCUCCCGCCUCAUCAUGGAAGGAGAGCUGCCCGCCGCCAUGGGGCUGCUUGUUCAGUUUGCUUUCCGAGAGACCAGAGAGCAUACCAAAGAAGUGGUGUAUCCGAGCCCUCUCCCCUGGAUUAAGUGUUUGAAGUGGGGCGAGUAUGUGGGCUCCCCCAGCUCCCCCGACCCUGUGGUCUGCUUCAGUCAACCACAUGGGGAGCGGUUCGGGUCCCUACUGGCACUGCCCACUAGAGCCAUCUGCGGACUGUCAAGGAAAUUCUGUCUCUUGAUGAUUUACAGCAAAGAACAAGGUGUCCGCAGCAUGCACAGCACUGACAUCCAGUGGUCAGCCAUUCUGAGUUGGGGUUAUGCUGAUAACAUGCUGCGACUGAAAAGCAAACAAAGCGAACCACCUGUCAAUUUCAUCCAGUGUUCCCCGCUCCACCAGGUUACAAGUUGCGCGUGGGUGCCUGAUAGCUGCCAGCUGUUCACUGGAAGUAAAUGCGGAGUAAUCACAGCUUACAGAAACAGAUUUACAAACACCACGCCUUCAGAAGUGGAAGUGGAAUCAGAGAUGCACUUGUAUGGACACACAGCGGAGGUCACCAACCUCUUUGUGUGCAAACCUUACAGCAUCCUGAUUAGCGUCAGCAAAGACGGGACCUGCAUCAUAUGGGAUUUGAACAGGCUCUGUUACGUUCAAAGUCUUACUGGGCACAAAAGUCCUGUGACAGCUGUUUCAGCCAGUGAAACCACAGGAGACAUUGCUACUGUGUGCGAUUCAGUUGGCGGAGGCAGUGAUUUGCGUCUCUGGACGGUGAACGGUGACCUCAUAGGACACGUCCACUGCAGGGAAAUCAUUUGCUCAGUGGCCUUCUCUAACCAGCCUGAGGGAGUGUCCGUCAAUGUGAUUGCUGGGGGACUAGAAAAUGGAGUUGUGAGAUUGUGGAGCACAUGGGAUCUGAAACCGGUUCGAGAAAUUACUUUCCCUAAAUCAAACAGGCCUGUUGUUAGCCUCACCUACUCCUGCGACGGACACCACCUGUACACUGCGAACAGUGAGGGAACAGUGAUAGCUUGGUGCCGCAGGGACCAGCAGAGGAUGAAGCUGCCCAUGUUCUACUCAUUCCUCAGCAGCUACGCAGCCUGAUGACACCGACAGAGGAAAACUACCGUCAGAGACAGCUCUGGAGCACUUAUCUUGGGAGAAUGACCAUCAAUAUGCAUUAAAUAAAAUGUUGGCUUUUAAGGAAAAAAAAAUAAAGAUGUUAUGUGCAUUAAGCUUGAGCAUUGAAUAGCCCCUGUGCAUUUUUUUUUUUUUUACGUUUACAUUCAGGGCAGCAAAAACAGUGCAGAGUUUUAGACCAGGAAGUGCAUAUACCUUGUGCUAGAAGAAAAAACUUGCGCUCUAUUUGAAAUUUAAUGGGUGACAGGACCUGGCAAAUAUAUGUGGAUGAGACUGUGUAUCAGCCUACAGUUUAUUGUUUUGUUUCUCCUUGAGCGACGGGCAAAAGUUAGCUUAUAUUUAGUUAUUGUAUUCUACAUGUAUCUAGAUGCCUUUGUUGCUUUAUGACUGGCUGUAGUCUACACAUGUGUGUGUGUGUGUGUGAUGUUCGUCCUCGAACCCACUGAAUGUCAGUUACAGAAAUAAAUAUAUGUAAAAAAAAAAAAAAAAAAAAAAAUACCUCCUAAAUCUUGUAAAAAAAAAAAAAAAAAAAAAAGAAUGAACCUUUGUAUGACAGCCAUGGAUUUUCUUUUUCUUUUACUCUUUAUGGUCACUUAAAACUAAAACCAGCAGCUGGGAGGUAAAGCAGGAAUACAGUAUUCAUACCCUUUCUACAAGUUUAACCAUUUACUUCUAGAUGGUAUAUUAUGUUAGCAUUGAAGAUAAAUUAUUAACUAAAUGUUCUUCUCUGGUGUGCUGCAUGGAAGUGUCAUUAGUUCUCACUGGACUGUCAGAAUGUCUGUGAUGUGUGUUGAUACCCAAUGACAUUAAAAGCAGUCAACAUGCGAUGAGUGAUUAUAAACUAUUCAAGGUGCCUCUGGUGUCCUUGGUUUAUCUCAGGCUUGUAUUUCUUGAGGGGAACCCUGAAUUUAGAUAUACAGACACCUGCAAACCAACCUCUCCUUCGGGUUUAUGUGAAAUAUAUAACUUUAUAUUAUAACUAUCCGAGAAGUAUAUAUGGACUGGUUUGAGUGAUCUGGCAUAACGUGACAUUAAACGGGAGUUUGUAAAGUGCUAGGUGACGGGCUUGUACCAUGAAAGCAAGCCUUAAAUACACCCUCUGAAAACUGGCAGGUCAGCAGUAGCAAAUAAUCUAGCAACUCGGAGAAGGGUAGUGGACCGUCUUCAUGAAUAUUAGUAGCAGUUCCUAACCAAAGUCGCACUAUCAAAAAAUAAAAAAACACGACUGCUUACUGUACUGAUAAUCUGCUCACUAAUCAGAGGUCUUACUACAUUUGCAAAAUACUUUACAGUAUGUAGUCCCAAUGUGACCCUCUAGGUAGAAGAGAAGUUUGUUUUUUUGCCAUUCUUGCUUUCAGAUUUGUUCUUUUAAAGCACAUUCUGAUACCAAACAGAUUUGAAAAAAGGUUAUAGCAAUGCUACAUAAUAAUAAUAAUCUUUUGUAAAGAGACUUUUUUUUCCCCUUUGGUUGCAGUCAUUUCAAAGAGUUUAAAGUGUUAUAUUUGUAGUCUUUCCUACCAGCUGUUAAUUUUCUGUAGUGAGCCAGUUAUUGAUAUGGAAAGUGUCAAACAUGCUCUUUUUACAAACGUGUAGAAGCAGAAUAAACUGGAGAAGGCCAGGUCAUCUGUAUUCUCUUUUUUUUUUUUCUUUUUAAAUUAGAGGCUUUGAUUCCGCUCUCAGCGGGGGUAUUUGAUGCUGUCUCUGCUCUAUUGUGUGAGCAGGCUUUUAAAGAGCAAUACAAAAAGAUCACAGAUGUAUCAUAUUAAACAAUUAUGCAAAAACAGAGGGAAGAUUUUUUAUUAUUAUUAUUAUUUAUAUGCGAACCAUAAAUAACUAUAUAAUUAUAGGAUAGAGUGAAUGGAUUAAUAUAAGCCAGUGCUGUGCUUUCAUCCAAUGUGAUUUAUGUGAAAUGCUAGUUAUGUGCAAUGUAAAAUAAAAAGAAGGAAAGACAGUGACAGUGCAACCAAUGCCCUUUCUCUGAUGUUUACAAUUUAACGUUUCAGUGAAUUGGUCUUUGGAACCAAUUUGAUUAUUGUUCAUAAACAGGUGCAGUACAAACAUGCAUUUUCCUUUGUUUUCUUGCAUAAAGUAAAAUUAUAUUACCUACAUUUUCCAAAUAACCAUCAGCUGCAAGUAUUUUUGUUCUCUGUGUAAAUGUGAGAGGGGUUUGUAUGUUGUCACCAUAGGUAUCUGAAAGUUUUUUUGUUUGUUUGUUUUUUACUUAAUUAUACUUCGAUGUGAAAUAUGUAAACUAAUUAUGUCUUCAUUACAAAUUCAUAAGGCUGUUUUUACUCCCUAGUGCUGGGGCUUGGGGGUACAUUCUUUUUUUUUAUUAUUUUGUACGUAUGUAUGUACAAAAUACAACUGAUAGAAAUGUUAUUAAAAAUGUAU